AUGUCUACAAGAAGAAAAUGGAUCAGCCAGUUAUUUUCCAAGCUGCAAGCCGUGAAGGCAGAGAUCCAUGAUCUCCAGGAAGAGCACAUCAAGGAGCGCCAGGAACUGGAGCAGACCCAGAAUGAACUUACCAGGGAGCUCAAGCUAAAGCACCUGAUUAUUGAAAAUUUUAUUCCUUUGGAAGAAAAGAAUAAGAUCAUGAACAGAUCAUUCUUUGAUGAAGAGGAAGACCAGUGGAAGCUGCAUCCCAUAACCCGUCUGGAGUGAGUGUACUUCUCAUCUUUCCUUGAGAUGGAAUUGUAAGUCACGGAAAAAAGUUCCUCUGGCUGUCAGGAACAAGGAACCCCAAAAGAGAGAUUGAAUUGGGCAUUUCGACUGGCCUUCUGGAGUUUGUAGCUUUUUGCUGCACAAUAAUCAUAAUAAAAAAAAGUUAUUUCUCUUUAGUAGGUUGAAUCAAAUCAGAAUAUGCAGUUAGGAGAGUUCUGGGAAGAUAAGGAUUUUUCUUCUUGAUGACCCCAAUAAUUAUAACUAAAUGGUAUGCAAUAUAAUUAAAAUAGUAGUAAAUUCCCAUCAUUUUUUUCAGAUAGUAAAGCCCUCAAAAUAAUUAUUGUUGUUGUUAUUAUUUGAGCUGUGGCCAGAUCUGCCUCUCUGCACAUU